UUACCAGCGAUUGAGUUGACGACGGGCGGUAGACUAAAAGAGCGAGUCAGAAGUUGGAAUAGUGUGAGCAAUUUAUUACUAACGAAGUUGAUAAUAGGUUGAUAGGUUAUAUUAUAUUUUCUCUUACAAGAAUAAAAAUUAUCAUUUUGUGCCUUUUUUGUGUUGGCGUAAUAUUCUUUGCGUCCCACAACAGAAAAGGAUUAGAACAUGGCACCUGUAGAUAAAUCUCCUCCAGCUAAACCUGAUGGUACAUUUUCGUUGAUAUGUUCAUCAAAGGCAAAUGAUUUAAUUCCAGUUCAUAAGUAUAAAUCCUCGCUCACUGGAUUAACCGUUGUUCUAGCAGAAGUCGAGGGUCCUGUUGUUAAUGGAUAUUUUUGUCUAGCUACUGAAGCUCAUGAUGAUGAUGGAUUACCCCACACUCUGGAGCACCUUGUGUUUUUGGGGAGCGAACAAUACCCUUACAAAGGGGUGUUGGAUCUAUUGGCCAACAGAUGUUUGGCAUCUGGAACCAAUGCUUGGACAGAUACAGACCAUACUUGUUACACCAUGACCACUGCGGGCAGUGAAGGUUUCUUGUCUCUUAUCCCCAUCUAUUUGGACCACAUUUUAUACCCUACACUUACAGAUUCAGGGUUCACGACUGAGGUGCAUCAUGUGACGGGGGACGGGGAGGAUGCAGGAGUGGUCUACUGCGAGAUGCAGGGCCGAGAAAACACUGGGGAGUCUCGUGUCUACCUGCAGCUACUGCGCACUAUAUAUCCGGGUUGCUGUGGUUACAAGUCUGAGACUGGUGGGAUAAUGAAGAACCUCCGAGAGUCUGUUGACAACCAGAAGGUACGAGCAUACCACAAAGCCUUUUACAGGCCUGAAAACCUGACUCUCAUCAUAACUGGCCAAGUUAAACCUGAAGAUCUCUUCAAGACUUUGGAGCCUUUCGAGCAGAAAAUAGCUUCAAAAGGUCCAAGAGGAGCAUUCCAGAGGCCGUGGCAGGAUCCCGUUCCCCCCCUCACAGAGUCGUCUGACAUUGAGAUCAAGUUCCCUUGUGAUGAAGAAGAUAACGGAAUGGUGUACGUCGGCUGGCGUGGCCCUUCUGCUGUCACUGAUCUCUACAAGUUAGCCGCAUGUUCUGUACUGAUGAAGUAUCUGACAGAUACAUCUGUCAGUCCUCUACCCAAGGAGUUUGUCGAGGUCUCAGAUCCCUAUUGUAGCAAGGUAUCCUACUCUCUAGUCGAGAACUCAGAGUCGGUGCUGAUGCUGCAGUUUGAGAAUGUGCCUCUGCACAAAUUGAACUCUGUAAGGUGUAGACUGACAGAAGUGUUGGACGCUAUUGUAAGUGGAAAGGAACCUAUGGAUAUGCGGCGUCUGGCAACCGUCGUAAACCGCCAUCGCCUGGAGUGUCUCAGUCACCUGGAAAAUAGUCCCCACGAUAGCAUCGCCUUCAUGGCCAUUGGUGAUAUGUUGUACGGCAACACCAAGCAGGACCUAGACCAGAGAUUAAACCAGGUGGCAGACCUUUACAAGAUGGAGAGUGAGGAUCAGUCGUUCUGGACGGGGCUAAUUGAACAGUAUUUGAUUCGCGGACCGAGCGUAACGGUGCGCGGUGUGCCCAGUGUGCAGGAGCAGCAGACUAUGGCACGUGAGGAAAAGGAGAGAGUGGAGCAGCAGAGACUACAACUGGGGUUGGAGGGUUUACAGGAGAGAGACAAGAUGCUCACAGAUGCGAUGCAGCAGAAUGAGAUUCCUCCGCCACAGUCAAUGCUGACAUCAGUGAAAAUCCCAAGUAUUGAAUCCAUCCAGUUCCACCGUAUUCAGGCCUACACGACAAGCUCAGCAUCGCCUCAUCCCAAGUUUGAUAUUGGCCAGGUCCCUGUGUACAUGCAGCUUGAUCACAUACACACUAAUUUUGUUUAUAUGUUUGUGCUGAUGGACACGACAGAGGUAUCAAGUCAGCUACGGCCGUACCUGUUGCUGCUGUUUGAGAGUCUGUUGGAGUCACCAAUACAGCGUGGAGACGUUCUGGUACCUCAUGAAGAGGUGGUGGCUCAACUGGAGGCUGACACAGUUGCUGCAGUUACCCGUCUCGGCCUUGAGUCCACUAGCCGUUUCCAGUGCGGCCCUUACUGUCAAACUACGUCACUCAUGUUGCAGUUGGAGCCAAAUAAGUAUGAGCGAGGUAUAGUGUGGAUACGAGAGCUACUGUACCAGACCAAACUGACAGUGGAGAGGUUGAAAAUCAUUGCUACCAAAAUCGUCAAUGAUGUCGCCCAGGUCAAGCGGAAAGGCAAUACUAUGGUGCGAGACCUCAUGAAAGGAGUAAUCUACACAAACGAGAGCAAUCACUACUCGGCGAGUGUGCUGAGGCAGCACAAGUUCCUGUCUUCGAUAUUGGAGCGAUUGAAUGACCCGAACGAGUGCAAUGUCGUGUUGGCUGAGAUAGACGAGGUGCGCCAGAUCAUCACCCACCCAUCCAACAUGGUGGUGCACAUGGCUGCCAACCUGGAACUGUUGGCAACCAAAUAUACGGAUCCGGCCAGCAUGUGGACUCAAUUGCUGCCGCCCACCCGCAGCCCAGCACGUAACCAACUCCGGGUGACAAAUGACUGGCAACUGCUGUUGGACCACUCAGCCAGUAAGGUGUGCAACUGUGUGGUGGGGAUGGGUGCAGUAGAAUCCACCUACUUCUGCCAAACUACACCCACCAUCCGAGAUUUCCUGGACCCUGACUUGGCCCCACUGCUUGUUUUUCUACAGUAUCUCACCCAGCUUGAGGGUCCGAUGUGGCGACUAAUACGUGGUCUGGGGUUUGCCUACUCGUACAACAUGAUACCUCGGCCCAACGAGGGACUGCUCUACCUCACCUUCUACAAGGCUACCAACAUCAUAGGAGCCUACAAGAAGACAAAGUCUAUCCUGGUUCCCACUGUGUACAAGUACUUAUCCAAUGGAACUGAAGUAAAGAAAUUAUCAACGAAAACAUGA